AUGUCCGUGAACGAAGAUCAACCUCAUCAUUAUGAUAUUCAAGCUGGUCUGGCAUUAUUCAAUAAUCAUGUUGUGCAUCGAACAACUUUAGAUGGUGAAGAAAAAUCCAAUGAUCGACCAACAGAAAGAAAAGAUUCAACCACAGCAGCACCAACACCACCAUCGCCAAAAACGACUCAGACAUCUAACGUUAAACUAGUCGGUUCAAAUCGUUUUUUCAUACCAGUCAAAAAAUAA